CCAUGACCCGUAAUAACCCCCAUUUAUUGACCUUGUCAACAAACAUGGAGGAAAAACAGAGUGAUAUGUUCUCUUUUUAAAUCGCUGAUAUCAUCGAUAAUAUACAUGACUGACGGACCAGAUAAAAUUUACUUUCCAGUUGAAGAUCUCAGGUUUGAAGAUUUGUAUGACUGGUCUGAUGCGGUACAAAAAUGUAAAGUGACAACUAAGAAGGUGAAGGGUCUUCAGAGACAGGACAGUUGUACAGGGGCCAUAGUGAAGGCAAACGAUACAGAGGUUGCCUUGUUCAGGUUCAAGGAUGCUGUAUUUGCUGUCAAUGAGAAAUGUCCUCAUUUAGGAGGACCUUUGCACUUGGGUGACAUAGAAGUCCUCCCUGACCUCUCGCUAUGUGUAAAGUGCCCAUGGCAUAGUUGGAGAUUCGACCUUCAAACAGGCAAAGUUAAGGCGCCUAAAGGACGUGACAUCACUGCAAUAACUUACAAUGUAAAAGUUGAUGAUGAUGGAAAACUAUUCAUUGGAUUUGAAGAAUUUUCAAAAGAUUACUUCAAUUUAGAUGAUAAAGAUUUUUAGUCUUAGUCUUACAACCAAUUUCUAUUUAUAUUACAAUGAGUAUUAUUGAUGAUGUGCAUUGUAUGCAUGGUAAAACUAUGUAUGAUCUAGUGCACAGAUCUAAUUGAAAGCGCAUGAUUAAAGUAAAGAAAAUGCACAUGCUUAGAAUACAACUCGGGGAAUACAACUACAUAUGUAAGGUGUGUCAACUGCAGUAACCUGAUGUGAACUAUGAGGGUGAUUUUUAAAGUUUUCAUUUUAAGACAUUCUGGUAUCAUGAGAGUCAACAGACUACACUUUGGACAUGUUUAUUAGCAACCAGGUUUUUACUCGGUGUUGCAGCGACAUGAUCUAAAAUGUUUAAACCUACAUGUACUUUCAUUUUAGUUUAAUUUGACAUAACAAGACAAUAAUCAAUGGUAAAAUUAAAGGAAAAUACUCAAACUGCAUCCAAACAAAGAAUCAAAGAUAUUCUAACUUUAUUGAAAAGUCUCAUAUAAAAUUUAAGUAGUACAAUACAUGCAAUGCAACUGGCCAAUGAUACAGAAUUUUCAAUGACACCAUUUGAUUUAGGUAUCUUGCUCUUCCCACUUAUACUACCCAUUUUCUCCAUUGUCUUAUGAUUCCCUGCUAAGAGCACUUUUAUUGUAAUCAAGUAAUUAGCAAAGA